AUGCGCAUCGAGAAACCAUUAAGAUCAUCAUUGUCAACCGUUCCUACUGAUUUACCUGAGAGAUUAUCAACAGCGGCAUCACAUAAACGUCCACAGCAAAAACGUGUUCGAUUUGCAUCAAAAUUAGAAUUCCUUGAAGAAGAAUCGUUCACAUCAAGUCGAGAGAUUUCACCUUCGCCGGUAUUAAAACCGAACAAGAGAGUAAUUGAUCCAUGGCGACAACAUGGGCCGCUUUAUGGUGCUUAUGUUGAAUAUUUAGAGAAACAAAAUAAAGUAACAGCUAGUGAAAUCGAAUUUCGACAGAUUCCACCGCCAGCACCGCCACCACCACCUGAACCUGGUGCACAACCACCAACAUAUCGGCACACAUUUGUUAUACAAAGUAAAUCACCUGAACUUGUUAUUGAUUCAAUUACGAUUUCGUCACCACAAUCGCAUCUACCACGUAUUGUUCAGCGAAACAAAAAUUCAACAAGACAACCAAUACAAGUCAUAGAUUCUUAUAUGAGACAACAACUACAACUAUCAACUCCACCGAAUAUUGUCUAUGGAAGAAAAAUAGCAAAUUCAUCUAAUCAAAAGUAUCCUGAUCCAUCUGCACAGCCAACACUAAAACGAACUAUAAUAUCAAUGCCAUCGGUGAACGGAAUACAGCCAAAUAAUAAAACCACUGCACACGAAAACGGAUUUAGAUCUAAAUUUGCAAAUGAUUAUGGUCCAACUAGAAGAAUGACUAGAAAUUUUUCGAAGCCAUUAUCAGAUACAAAAAAUGAAAUUUAUCAUUUUGCUGAACGAUCUAUUUUAUCCAAUUAUCCCAUAAAACCAGCAACACCCGGCCAUUCUCUUCGUAGACAUGAUAAAUCGAAAAUAGAAGCACCCCAUUUUUUUGAAAAUCAUGCUAAUGAUCAUCUUCUUCAACCAGUUAUUCAUUCGACUCAUUGA